UUGUAUUGGUAGGUGAGAGUCAUUUGAGAAUGGGGUUUCAAUUUUUCUUUAGUUUCUUCCUUUUGUUACUGCCUACAUUCUCUUCCUCCGAAUAUCUUGGGAACAACCUUCUAUCUAAUCGGAAAGUAUUCCUCAAAGAAGAAGAAAACCUUUCCUCUUAUGCUGUGAUUUUUGAUGCUGGUAGCACUGGAACUCGAGUGCACGUUUUCCAUUUCGACCAGAACUUAGAUCUCCUUCGCAUUGGCAAUAAUCUUGAAUUUCUCGCAAGGGUCACACCCGGUUUGAGUUCAUAUGCGGAUCAUCCUGAAAAAGCUGCCCAAUCUUUGAUUCCACUUUUAGAGGCAGCUGAAAAUGUUGUCCCUGAGGACCUGCACCCCAAGACACCCCUUAUGCUUGGCGCAACCGCAGGUUUGAGACUUUUGGAAGGGAAUGCUGCUGAAAACAUAUUGCAAGCGGUUAGGAAUUUGUUCAAGAACAGAAGUACUCUGAACCUUCAAUCAGAUGAUGCAGUAGCUAUAAUUGAAGGAACCCGAGAAGGUUCUUAUCUGUGGUUGGCUGUGAAUUAUCUACUGCGGAGGCUGGGAAAAAGGUUUUCAAAGACUGUGGGAGUGGUUGAUCUUGGAGGAGGAUCAGUUCAAAUGGCAUAUGCUGUCUCAAGGAACGCAGCCAAAAAUGCCCCAUUACUACCUCAAGGAGAGGAUCCUUACAUAAAGAAGCUAUAUGCGAAGGGCAAAAAUUACGACCUCUAUGUUCACAGUUACUUGUGCUAUGGUACAGAAGCAUUUCGUGCAGAGGUUUUGAAGGUCACUGAUGGCUCUGCUAACCCUUGCAUUUUGGCUGGAUACGAAGGAAGCUAUACAUAUUCAGAAGUGGAGUAUGCAGUGUACCCUCCAAAGUCAGGGCCCAGUUAUGAUGCAUGCAGAGAGAUAGUCCUUGAGGCUCUCAAGCUGAAGGCGCCAUGUUCUCAUCACAAUUGCUCAUUUGGUGGGGUAUGGGACGGUGGAAGAGGAAGUGGACAAAGAAAUAUUUAUGCUACUUCAUCGUUCUAUUAUCUGUCCAGAGACGUUGGUAUCGUUGAUCCAAAAUCUCCCAAUGCCAUUGUUCGUCCUGUGGAUCUUGAAAACUUGGUUAAGGGAGCUUGUGGAAAAACAUUUGAAGAUGCCAAAUCCAGUUAUCCACUUCUUUCUGAAGAAAGAGUUCCGUUUGUGUGCAUAGACAUUACGUACAUGUAUGCGUUGCUGGUUGAUGGAUUUGGCCUAGAUCCUGAGCAAGAGUUUACACUGGCUGAUAAAAUUGAAUAUGAAGAUGCUCUUGUGGAAACAGCAUGGCCUCUUGGCACAGCCAUAGAAGCCAUAUCAUCAGUGCCUAAAUUUGAACGGCUUAUGUAUUUCAUGUAAGCUUCUAUGUGGAAAAUUUAACUGAUGAUGAUCAAUUACUAGAAAUAAAUGAGACUUUUCACUUUAAAGAUUAGAUUAUGCAGGUGAGGUUGUGGUGGAAAAAAGGGG